AUGUAUGGAAGUGCAAGAACAAUCAGUAACCUGGAAGGCAGUCCUGCCCGAUCUCCACGUUUGCCAAGAUCUCCUCGUCUGGGCCAUAGGCGAACAAGUAGUGGAGGAGGUGGAGGGACAGGUAAGACUUUAUCGAUGGAGAAUAUUCAGUCACUUAAUGCUGCCUAUGCAACAUCUGGACCAAUGUAUCUGAGUGACCACGAAGGUGUGGCAUCUACUACUUUCCCAAAGGGCACAAUGACUCUUGGAAGGGCUACAAAUCGAGCUGUAUAUGGUGGACGAGUUACAGCAAUGGGGAGCAGCCCUAAUAUUGCUUCCGCUGGCCUUUCCCAUUCAGAUCUCCUUUCUUAUACUGAUCAGCAUGGAGGGCUGACCACUUCUUCACACCAUCACCAUCAUCAGAUUCCUUCCAUGCUGAGGCAGGUAAGAGACAGCACCAUGCUAGAUUUACAGGCUCAACUGAAGGAGUUACAGAGAGAAAAUGAACUUCUAAGGAAAGAACUAGACAUCAAGGAUAGCAAGCUUGGAUCUUCCAUGAAUAGCAUCAAGACCUUCUGGAGUCCAGAGCUUAAAAAAGAAAGAGUUUUGCGUAAAGAGGAAGCAGCCAGAAUGUCUGUUUUGAAAGAGCAAAUGAGGGUUUCUCAUGAGGAGAAUCAGCAUCUUCAGCUAACGAUUCAGGCGCUCCAAGAUGAACUUCGAACCCAGAGAGACCUUAACCAUCUCCUUCAGCAAGAAAGUGGUAACCGAGGUGCUGAGCAUUUCACUAUUGAGCUGACAGAGGAGAACUUCCGAAGACUUCAAGCUGAGCAUGAUAGGCAGGCAAAAGAGUUGUUUCUCUUGAGAAAGACCUUGGAAGAAAUGGAGCUGAGAAUAGAAACCCAGAAACAGACGCUCAAUGCCAGAGAUGAAUCGAUCAAGAAGCUUCUAGAAAUGUUGCAGAGCAAAGGGCUGCCAUCCAAAGGAAUGGAUGAUGAAAACGAAAGAACUCGAAGGAUGGCAGAAGCGGAAUCUCAGGUUAAUCAUUUAGAAGUGAUUUUAGACCAGAAAGAGAAGGAAAACAUACAUCUUAGAGAGGAACUACACCGAAGGACACAACUUCAGCCUGAGCCAGCAAAGACAAAAGCUCUUCAAACAGUCAUAGAGAUGAAGGACACAAAAAUAGCUUCACUGGAACGUAAUAUCAGAGAUCUUGAAGAUGAAAUACAGAUGUUGAAGACAAAUGGAGUUCUGAACACAGAAGAUCGAGAAGAAGAGAUCAAACAAAUAGAAGUAUACAAGAGUCAUUCCAAGUUCAUGAAAAAUAAGAUUGAUCAGUUGAAGCAGGAGCUUUCAAAGAAAGAAUCAGAACUUCUUGCCUUACAAACUAAGCUUGAAACCCUUAGCAAUCAGAAUUCAGAUUGCAAGCAGCACAUAGAAGUGCUUAAAGAGUCGCUUACUGCCAAAGAACAGAGAGCUGCCAUACUUCAGACAGAGGUGGAUGCCUUGAGAUUACGUUUAGAAGAAAAAGAAAGUUUUCUUAAUAAAAAAACCAAACAACUGCAAGACCUCACAGAAGAAAAAGGAACUCUGGCUGGAGAAAUUCGAGAUAUGAAGGACAUGCUAGAAGUCAAAGAAAGAAAAAUUAAUGUUCUGCAAAAAAAGAUUGAAAAUCUUCAGGAGCAACUUAGAGAUAAAGACAAGCAACUAACUAAUUUGAAAGAUCGAGUGAAAUCACUGCAGACGGAUUCCAGUAACACAGAUACAGCUUUAGCAACCCUGGAAGAAGCCCUAUCGGAGAAGGAGAGAAUUAUAGAGCGAUUAAAGGAGCAGAGGGAGAGAGAUGACCGUGAAAGAAUUGAAGAAAUUGAAUCCUUCAAAAAAGAAAACAAAGACCUGAAAGAAAAAGUUAAUGCUUUACAAGCAGAGCUGACAGAAAAAGAGUCUAGCUUAAUUGACCUCAAAGAACAUGCAUCAUCAUUGGCUUCAGCAGGGCUGAAAAGAGACUCCAAAUUAAAGUCUUUAGAAAUAGCCAUAGAGCAAAAGAAGGAAGAGUGUAGUAAGCUAGAAGCACAACUGAAAAAGGCUCAAGAAGCUGAGGAAGAAGCCCGGAAGAACCCUGAAUUUGCUGAUCGAAUGAAGCAGCUGGACAAAGAGGCUGCCUACUAUAGAGAGGAAUGUGGCAAAACUCAAGCUGAAGUGGACAGGCUGUUAGAAAUCCUCAAAGAAGUAGAGAAUGAAAAAAAUGACAAAGAUAAGAAAAUUGCUGAACUGGAAAGACACAUGAAGGAUCAAAACAAGAAGGUGGCCAAUCUGAAGCACAAUCAACAAAUAGAAAAGAAGAAGAAUGCCCAGUUGCUAGAAGAAGUUCGGAGGCGUGAAGACAAUAUGACAGACAAUGCUCAGCAUUUGCAGUUAGAAGAACUGCGAAAUGCACUGGAUAAGACCAGGCAAGAACUGGAUGCCACUAAAGCUCGCCUUGCCUCAACACAGCAAUCUCUGGGUGAGAAAGAAGCACAUCUGGCCAAUUUAAGACUCGAACGGAGAAAACAGUUAGAAGAGAUCCUGGAAAUGAAACAGGAAGCAUUGCUUGCUGCCAUUAGUGAAAAAGAUGCAAACAUUGCCUUGCUUGAGCUGUCUGCUUCAAAGAAAAAGAAAACGCAGGAAGAAGUGAUGGCUUUGAAAAGAGAAAAAGACAGAUUGGUCCAUCAGCUAAAACAACAGACACAGAAUAGAAUGAAACUGAUGGCAGACAACUAUGAUGAUGACCAUCAUCACUACCACCACCAUCACCACCAUCACCAUCACAGGUCUCCUGGAAGGACACAGCACUCCAAUCAUAGACCCUCUCCAGAACAGGAUGAUGAGGAAGGCAUAUGGGCAUAACCAGUUCCUAUAAACCAAAGUUCCAGUUUUGUUUUGAAGGAUGAUCCAGUCACUGUUGGAGGCACAUGGCCACGGCAAAAUCUCAUGCAGUACAUUGAUCACCAGUCCAACCUUUGCCUAGAAUGUGAUCCCCAGUUCCUUCAAGAGGUCCAACUUUAUCUGUCUUAAAGAAGAGGAGGAAGGAGUCAUCUGGAAUAACCAAGCAUCAGAGCUUUAACACCAGAGCAGUUAUCAGAGGAGCUGGAGAAAGAAGCACACGCAGCACUGAAAGAUGAGAGGAAUGGGAGACGUGAUUUAUUGGAUUCUGAAUGUGAAUGCCACUCUUGGA